UCCGAGGGAGAAGGACGCGUCUCCUCUUCGGACAAAGAGCUUUUAUUUUGUAGUUUUGGGACAUAGCUGCGGUGAGACAAAGCAGGGGACAUUCAUCUGUGGAUUACGACGCUGAGACGACACAAGGACUUUUACGUUUUUUUGAGAUUUCACUUGAGAAAACAAUUUUCAAACAGUUUAUCUUUUUUCCAAAGCACCAAUAUUUCUGCUUUGUUCGUCCGCUGAAGGCUUUUUGCCCCCUGGUGGUCUGUGGUUGUACAGUUUUUGGCGGUCUCUGGUUAUUAGCUCCCCCCGGUCAUGUAACCUACCCCCCCGCUCUCCCUGGACCUCACCCGGUGAACCCAGUCGCCUGGACCGGUUCUUUCAGCCUCGCAGGUUUCGGUCUGUGGACUCACGUCAGGGUUCGGCCAUGUUGCGUUGUGUCCUGCAGCGAGCCAACAACCUGAGGCACUCGGACCCCCUGGCCGGCCUCAGCUUCAGAGGGUCCAAGAAGAAGACGAAGGUCAUCAAGAACAACUCGAAUCCCGUUUGGAACGAGGGCUUCGAGUGGGACCUGAAGGGGAUUCCUCUGGACUCCGGAGCCGAGCUGCACUGUGUCGUCAAAGACCAUGAGAAGAUGGGGAGGAACAGGUUCAUGGGAGAAUGUCGACUGGCUCUCAGAGACGUGAUGAACUCUCCCAGCCUCGCCGCCUCCUUCACCAUCUCCCUGCUGGACACCAAGAGAAACAACACGGGGGCCACGCUGACCCUCCAGGUUUCCUACAUCCCUCCUCCAGGAUCGCUCCUCCCCUUCCAGCCUCCUCCCCAGCCCGAGGCCUAUUCCCACAACAACCCCAACGUGGAGCUGGACACGGUCACAAUGAUUUCUCUGGACACGCUGGGUGAGGAGGACACGGAGAGCUUGAUGAUGCUGGAGCCCCCCGAGGACCAGGGGGGGGACGACGGGCGGUCCAUGAUCAUCGUCGGGCCUCAGGGGCUCCCGGGCAAAGAGUCGCCCACCAACCACACCCCCAAGCGCUCGCCGCCGUCCUACAACGCCCAGGGGGGGCUGAGGAAGAGGAGGAAGGGACCCAGCUCUCAGCAGAAGCCUCUGGCCAACAAGCCCCAGGACCUGCAGGUGCGCGUGCGGGUCAUCGAGGGCCGACAGCUGCCGGGCAUCAACAUCAAGCCCGUUGUCAAGGUGACGGUUGCCGGGCAGACAAAGAGGACCCGCAUCAGAAACGGAAACAACCCCGUGUUCGAUGAGACGUUCUUCCUGAACUUCUUUGAGACGCCGUCAGAUCUGUUUGACGAACCCGUCUUCAUCACUGUGUGCGACUCUCGCUCUCUCCGAACUGACGCUGUGAUCGGUGAAUUCAAGUUGGAUGUCGGCACCGUCUACAAUGAGCACAGACACUGUUUCCUGAGGAAGUGGCUGCUGCUGUGCGACCCUGACGACCUCUCCGCGGGGGUCAAAGGUUACCUGAAGGUCAGCCUGCUCGUCCUGGCCGCCGGAGACGAGCCCCCGGCUGAUAAACGUGAGUGUGUGGAGGACAAAGAGGACAUCGAGGGGAACCUGCUGCGGCCGGCCGGUCUGUCCCUCAGAGGAGCCGUCUUCACCCUGAGGAUCUUCAGAGCCGAGGAUCUGCCUCAGAUGGACGACGCCUUCAUGGACGGGAUGAAGCAGAUCCUCGGGUUCGACAGCAACAGGAAGAACCUGGUGGACCCUCUGGUCGAGAUCCACUUCGCCGGCAAAACCAUCUGCACGAAGAUUCUGGAGAAGAACGCCAACCCUCAGUGGAACCAGAGUCUGGCCAUGCCCAUCAGAUUUCCCUCCAUGUGCGAGAAGAUGAGGAUCAGGAUUCUGGACUGGGACCGAGCCAGUCACAACGAUGUCAUCGGCACCACCCACCUCUGUAUGUCUAAGAUCUCCGCCCCCGGAGGAGAGAUAGAUGUCGACGACAGUCUUGGUUUCCUGCCGACGUUCGGCCCGUGUUUCGUGAACCUGUACGGCAGCGCCCGCGAGUUCACCGCCUUCAACGACCCGCACGAGAACCUGAACCUCGGAAAAGGGGAGGGCGUAGCGUACCGAGGACGAGUUUUAGUUGAACUCACCACGAAGCUGGCAGACAAACCGGAGCAGAGAACUGAAGACAUCCCAUCAGACGACCUGCUGGUGGUGGAGAAGUUUCUCCGGAAGAGGAAGUUCUCGCUCUUUGCGGCGUUUUACUCGGCCACGCUCCUCCAGGACGUCGACGACGCCAUCCAGUUCGAGGUCAGCAUCGGUAACUACGGCAACAGGUUCGACUACACCUGCCUCCCCCUGGCGUCCACCACCCAGUUCAGCAGGGCCGUGUUCGAUGGUUGUCACUACUACUACCUCCCGUGGGGCAACGUGAAGCCGGUGGUGGUGGUGUCUUCUGAGUGGGAGGACAUCAAACCGAGGAUCGAGGCUCUCAACAUGUUGCUGAGCAUCAUCGACAGACUGGAGGCCAGCCUGCAGCAGGUGCAGCUGGGGGUGAAGACAGGAAGUGACCUGGAGGACCUGGAGCAGCGGGUGGUGGAGCUGCUGGAUCAGGUGAUCACAGACUGCAGUGAGGAGCUUCCCUCUCUCGCCCACUGGCAGUGCACGACUCCCCUGGACCGCUCGCUGAGGCACGUCCGCACGCUGCACCUGCAGGGGAUCGUCGCCGCCGCGCUCGCCCUGAAACACGGGCCGGCCACCGAGCUGUCCACGGUGCUGGAGCAGGCGGAGGACUGGGCCAGCCGGCUGAGGGACAUGGCCGAGGAGCCUCAGAACAGCCUCCCGGACAUCGUGAUCUGGAUGCUGCAGGGCGACCGCCGGGUGGCGUACCACCGAGUCCCCGCCCACACCGUCAUCUUCUCCCAGGAGCAUUGUGGGAAACACUGCGGACAACUGCAGACUGUCUUCCUCAAGUACCCGCAGGGCAGCGGUGCAGAGGCCAAACUUCCUGGUCAGCUGAGAGUCAAACUCUGGUUCGGUUUGGCUGCAGACGUCAAACAUUUCAACCAGUUCGCUGAAGGGAAACUGUCGGUCUUCGCCGAAACGUAUGAGAACCAGACUCGGCUCGCCCUGGUGGGCAGCUGGGGAACUACAGGCCUGACCUACCCCAAGUUCAGUGACGUCACAGGACGAGUGAAGCUGCCGAAGGAGAGUUUCAAGCCGUCGCCCGGCUGGACCUGGGCCGGGGACUGGUUCAUCAGCCCCGAGAAGACGCUGCUGUUUGAGGCGGACGCCGGUCACAUGACCUUCUCAGAGGAAGUGUUUGAAAACCAGAUGAGGUUACCAGGCGGGCAGUGGAUCGGCAUGCCGGAGGGAUACACCGACGUGAACGGAGAGAAGGCGGUGCCAAAGGACGACGUGGAGUGUCCUCCUGGUUGGGCGUGGGAGGAGGUGGAGUGGAGUGAAGAUCUCAACAGAGCCGUAGACGAUCAAGGCUGGGAGUACGGUAUCCCCAUCCCUCCAGACCGACGCCCCAAGGCGUGGGUGCCGGCGGAGAAGAUGUACCACACCAACCGACGCCGGCGUUGGGUUCGGAUGAGACGGCGAGACCAACAGAAGAUGGACGCUCUCAGAAAGCAGCGUCCGGACGAGUUGGACCGCGAGCUGUGGGAGUACGCCUCCCUGUUCGGGUGGAGGUUCCACCUGAAGCCCAGGAAGACAGACAGCUUCAGGCGCCGCAGGUGGAGGUGUCGCAUGGAGCCGCUGGAGAAGACAGGCCCGGCCGCCAUCUUUGCUCUGGAGUGUUCUCUGAGCAGCAUAGAGGACAAGAGCGAAGACAAGUCCAUCACGACCACGUUCGGAGUCAACAGACCGACCAUUUCCUGUUUCUUUGACAGUGGCAGCCGCUAUCACCUGCGUUGUUACCUGUACCAGGCCAGAGACCUGCUGGCCAUGGACAAGGACAGUUUCUCAGACGCCUACGCCAUCGUGUCCUACCUGCACCAGUCCCAGAGGACGGUGACGGUGAGGAACACUCUGAAUCCCGUGUGGGACCAGACGCUCAUCUUCUACGAGCUGGAGAUCUUCGGUGACGCCGACGCCAUGAUGGCCAACCCCCCCGACAUCGUGGUGGAGCUCUACGAUCAGGAUACAUACGGUGCGGAUGAGUUCCUGGGCCGCUGCGUGUGCCCCCCCAGCGUGACCUCAUCCCCACGUCUCACCUGGUUCCCCGUUCGCCACGGGGGAAAGAGCGCCGGCGAGCUGCUGGCCGCCUUCGAGCUCAUACGCAGGGAAAAGCCAUCGGUUCAUCAUAUUCCAGGUCAAGAGGGUGGAGACAUCACGACGUCCACACAUGUUCUAGACGAGUUGAUGUUCUCAGGAUUCCUCACUGAAAACCUGCAGCAAUGGCCGGAGGAGUCGGACCUUCCCUACCUUCCUCCACAGAGAGAACCCAACGUCUUCAUGGUUCCUCAGGGGAUCAAACCUGUUCUGCAGAGAACCGCCAUCGAGAUCCUAGCGUGGGGCGUCCGCAACCUGAAGAGCUUCCAGUUGGCCAGCGUUACCUCCCCGAGCCUGCAGGUGGAGUGCGGAGGCACCAUGGUCCAGAGCUGCGUCAUCCGCAGUGUGAAGAAGAAGCCCAACUUUGACGUCAAUAGGCUCAUCCUUGAUGUGAGACUUCCACGCGAGGAGCUCUACAUGCCGCCCAUCAUCAUCAAGGUCAUCGACAACCGUCAGUUCGGCAGGAAGCCGGUGGUCGGCCAGUGCACCAUCCGGUCGCUGGAGGAGUUCCGGUGCGACCCGGAGGAGGAGCGAGCUGCGGUGGAGGAGGAGAGCGAGCAGGACGGGUGGAGACGUGAGACGCCUCAUUCCAUGUCUGGGGAGGUGUUUGUUGACAUCGAUGACGAGGAGCCGCUGGUGCCGGACCAGGGGGAGGACUUCAUGGACUGGUGGAGCAAGUUCUACGCCUCGACCGGAGAGAAGAACAAGUGCGGGACGUAUCUGGAGAAAGGCUUCGACAAACUGAAGGUGUUUGAGCGAGAGCUGGAGAAGGUCGAGGGCUUCGGGGGUUUGUCUGAUUUCUGUCAGACGUUCAAGUUGUUCAGAGGAAAGACUCAGGACGAAGGAGAAGAUCCGUCGGUGGUCGGGGAGUUCAAGGGCAUGUUUAAGAUCUACCCUCUGCCAGACGACCCCUCGGCCUCCGCUCCCCCCCGACAGUUCAGGAAACUUCCUCCCAACGGCCUCGAGGAGUGUUUGGUCCGGGUCUACGUCAUCGAGGCCCAGGGGCUGCAGCCCAAAGACACCAACGGGAAGUGUGACCCGUAUGUGAAGAUAACUCUGGGGAAAAAGACCGUCAAUGACCAUGAGAACUACAUCCCCGGGACCCUGGACCCGGUGUUUGGAAAGAUGUUUGAGCUCCCGUGCUCGCUCCCCGUGGACAAGGACCUUCACGUGAUGCUGUACGACCACGACAUGCUGACCAAAGACGAGAAGAUCGGCGAGACGGUGAUCGACCUGGAGAACCGCUUCCUGUCCCGCCACGGAGCGCUGUGCGGCCUGCCGCUGUCCUACUGCGUGUCGGGGGUGAACCAGUGGAGAGAUCAGCUGACCCCCCGACAGCUGCUGGGUCGAGUGUGCGAGCGACGGAACCUCCGGAGGCCGGUGUACCAGGACGAGUGCGUGCUCUUCAGAGGAGUGAGAUACACGGCCGCAGACCUCGACGACAAAAAUGUGUGUAAGCGUCACCUCGGUCCACUGAAGGAGCGCCUGUCGCUUCACAUCCUGAGGAAGCUGGGGCUGGUCCCUGAACACGUGGAGACCCGGCCUCUGUACAGCCCGCUGCAGCCGGACAUCGAGCAGGGGCGUCUGAUGAUGUGGGUGGACGUGUUCCCCAAGACCCUGGGCCCCCCCGGACCGCCGUUCAACAUCACGCCACGCAAGGCUAAGAAGUUCUUCCUGCGUUGCGUCAUCUGGAACACGAGUGACGUCAUCCUGGAUGAUGUCAGCAUCAGCGGCGAGAGGAUGAGCGACAUCUACGUGAAAGGGUGGCUCGAUGGUCACGAACACAUGAAGCAGAAAACCGACGUCCACUACCGCUCUCUGGGCGGAGAGGGCAACUUCAACUACAGGUUCCUGUUUCCCUUCCACUACCUACCAGCCGAGCAGCUGUGUGUCGUGGACAGGAAGGAACAUUUCUGGAGCGUCGAUAAAGCCGAAACCAAACUGGCUCCGAAACUCACCGUCCAGAUCUGGGACAACGACAAGUUCUCCUUCGACGACUACCUCGGUCACCUGGUGUUCGAUCUGAACCACAUGCUGCGUCCGGCCAAGUCUCCGGAGAAAUGCGACCUGCAGCUGCUGCAGCAGUCGGGGGGGCGGCUGGUGUCGCUGUUCGAGCAGAAGACCGUGAGAGGCUGGUGGCCGUGCAGCUGCGAGCAGAACGGAGAGAAGAUCAUCGCUGGGAAGGUGGAGAUGUCUCUGGAGAUCGUGACGGAGCAGGAGCAGGAGGAGAGACCGGCCGGCCAUGGGAGGGACGAACCCAACAUGAACCCACACCUGGAGGAGCCUCAGCGUCCUGACACCUCCUUCCUGUGGUUCUCCUCCCCGUUCAAGACGCUCAAGUUCAUCCUGUGGAGGCGCUUCAAGUGGUUCAUCCUCCUCUUCAUCAUCCUCUUCCUCAUCUUCCUCUUCCUCGCCGUCUUCCUCUACGCCUUCCCGAACUACGCUGCGAUGAAGAUGGUGGGACCGUUCGGACCGAGCAGACCGGCCGAGUGACGACAAGGAGACGAGCGACCUCCAUCUUCUGGAAGUUUCAUGUUCUCCUCCGUUCUUUUCUUUCUUCUUCCCCAAAGUUGCGAAGUGAAAACUGCGAUGAGAUGAACUGAUGAACUCGCUCUGACCUGAUUAGAAAAGACUGCGGUUCACCAAUCUGACAUGUGUGUGUCUGUGUGUGUGUGUGUGUGUGUGUGUGUGUUUGUGCGUUUUCCUGUCUCUGCGUCGCUGCACUUCCAUCAGAUCUCAGCAUGUGUCGCCGGCGUCCUCGUCCUCCCUCCGCCGCCGCUUUCAUCCCUCGCUCCGUCUCAUCUGUGCUCACGCAGAGAAAAAGGGGAAAAAAAAAGCUGGCGUGUCCCCAAACAAAAAAAAAGAAGAGGAAACAGAAUCAAAGAUUGAGAUGUUGCCGCUUGAUCUUCUUACCCCCCCGCUGGCUCCCAGGCGGGAGGCGGGGUCAGAGCGGGCGGCGAGGGCGGCGACUCGUCAUCUUCAGACUGAGGAACUUUAUCGCUCUAAACUCAAUCUGAAGAAAAAGAAUAAAUCAGCAAUUUCUCUCUGAAUCGUCUCUGUCCACAUCCUCCUCCUCCAUCUCACUCCUCUUCUUCUUCUCUCUCCUCCUCCUCCAUCUCCCUCGUUUGUUCAUCCUUCUUUUCUGCUCCUCUUCUUCUUCUCUCUCCUCCUCCUCAAUCCCAUCUUCUUCUUUUUCCUCUUAUUUCUUCUCCUCUUCCUCCUCCACAUUUUCUCCUAUUCUUCCUCCUUGUCCUCCUCAACCUUAUUUCCUCAACCCACUCCAUUUUUGCAUCCUUCUAUUUCCUUCUCCUCCUCAGCUCUCUUCAUCAUCCCAUUUUCUUUAUCCUCCCUCUCAUUUCUUCCUCCUCCUCUUCUCUCCUUUUCUUAAGUUAUCUCUUUGCUCCUCCUCUUCCCCAUCCUUCCUCUCUUCCUUCCCCAUGUCCUCCUCCGCCAUCUGAUUCUUUUCCUCCUCUUCUUUUUCUUUUACUUCUACCUCCUCUUCCUCCUGCACAUCUUCUCCUCUUGUUCCUCCUUGUCCUCCUCCAUCUUAUUUCCUCCUCCCACUCCAUUUUUGCAUCCUUCUAUUUCUUUCUCCUCCUCUUCUUUAUCCUCCUCAUCUCUCCCUUUCUUAAGUUAUCUCUUUGCUCCUCCUCUUCCCCAUCCUUCCUCUCUUCCUUCCCCACGUCCUCCUCUCCUUCAUCCUUCUUUUCUGCUACUCAUCUUCUUCUCUCUCCUCCUCCUCAAUCUCAUCUUCUUCUUUUUCCUCUCAUUUCUCCUCCUCUUCUUCAUCCACCUUAUUUCCUCAACCCACUCCAUUCUUGCAUCCUUCUGUUUCCUUCUCCUCCUCUUCUUUAUCCUCCUCAGCUUUCUUCAU